CAUCGCUUUUCCACACCACCACUGCUUUACGAUCAUCUGAAAAAUCUCACCUGAAAAAUCUCUCAUCAGAUUUUCUUCAAUUUUUAAUGGAAGACACGAAUAUGAAGAAGCGAGGUCGGGACUACGAGUCCGACUCGGAGCACGACUCGGUCGAAGUUAAGCGACUCAGAGACGACCUACUGGACUUCCUCGACGAUUCCGAUCCCGUUCCGGCGACUCAGGACCUCGACUCGUUCAUGAAGAGCUUCGAGGAAGAGAUCUCCAAUUCUUGCUCAACUUCGCCUCGUCCGGCGCCGGACACCGCCGCAGCAACGGUGCCGGUGGUCGAUCUUACGUCAGAUUCUGGCGAGUCCAAUCCGGAUCUCGCACACCUUCUAGAAGCGUCUGAUGAUGAGCUCGGCCUUCCGCCGUCCGGCGGGUUUAGCGGCGAGGAGGCGAACGACAGAGAGUCUGAGUUGGUCAGAGUGUCGUCUGACUCGUCCGGAAUCGGCGAGUUGUGGCGGUUUGAUGACCAGGGUCCGAGUUACGAUUCGUUCGAGUUUAACGGCGGAGCUGGUAGUCACUUUGAUGACAGCGGUUACGGGGCGUUUGAUGGCCUGUUCGAGCACUCAGAUGUGUAUUUUGAAUCGUCUGAUUACUCCGAUUUUUCGUGGCGUUUCGAAACGCUGCCUGCGGAGGAGUAGGAUGAAACGAAACGUUAUACGGCUAAUGGAAUAUGAUACAUUGAUACAGAUUUGUAAAUUCUUUUUAAUCUUUUAAAGGGGUCACAAGAAACAUGUAGAGCAGACUGAUAUGAAAUUAGGAAUCAUGAACAACAAGUUGCACUCAAGGAAAUUUGGUUCGAUCUACUACUCCAGAAAAAUUUACACGAUAAAACUGUAAUUACGUCAAAGAAUAUUGAUAGAACAUGAAGAAUACGUUGUAUCAUGUUAAGAUGCAGCAUGAUUCUA